UUUCAGGGGGCCCGGGGUCAAUUCGGGUACCACUGGCAGAGCCACAAUGUAAAACUGAGCGGAGUGGACGACAUGGUGCUGCUCAGCAAGAUCAACGAGGACGCCAUCGUGGACAACCUGAAGAAGCGCUAUAUGGAUGACUACAUCUUUACAUACAUCGGUCCUGUGCUGAUUUCUGUAAAUCCCUUCAAGCAGAUGCCCUACUUCGGGGAGAAAGAAGUGGAAAUCUAUCAAGGCGCGGCCCAGUAUGAAAACCCUCCUCACAUCUAUGCUCUGGCUGACAACAUGUACAGAAACAUGAUGAUCGACCGAGAAAACCAGUGUGUCAUCAUUAGUGGGGAGAGUGGAGCUGGUAAGACUGUGGCAGCCAAAUACAUUAUGGGAUAUAUCUCCAAAGUGUCAGGAGGCGGACCUAGGGUACAGCACGUCAAAGACAUCAUCCUGCAGUCCAAUCCGCUGCUGGAAGCCUUUGGCAACGCCAAGACUGUUAGGAACAACAACUCCAGUAGAUUUGGGAAAUACUUUGAGAUCCAGUUCAGCAACGGCGGCGAGCCAGACGGAGGGAAAAUCUCCAACUUCCUUCUGGAGAAGUCACGUGUCGUCAUGAGGAAUCCUGGCGAGAGGAGUUUCCAUAUAUUCUAUCAGUUAAUAGAAGGUGCAAGUGAAGACCAGAAGAAAAGCCUCGGAAUCACAAGUUUAGAUUAUUACUCUUACCUCAACCAGUCUGGGUCCUACAAAGUGGACGACAUUAAUGACAAAAACGACUUCCAGGAGACCAUGCAUGCCAUGAAGGUGAUUGGCAUCUCUGACGAAGAUCGCGCCAUGGUGCUUCAGAUUGUGGCUGGGGUCCUGCACGUGGGCAACAUCAGCUUCAAGGAAGCGGGCAACUACGCUGCUGUGGAAAGUGAAGAAUUUCUAGCCUUCCCUGCUUUUUUGCUGGGUAUUGACCAAAAUCGAUUGAAGGAAAAACUGACCAGCCGCAAGAUGGACAGCAAAUGGGGCAGUGCUGUGGAGUCCAUUGACGUCACUUUGAACGUGGAGCAGGCGUGUUACACACGUGAUGCCCUUUCCAAGGCGUUGCACUCUCGUGUCUUUGACUUCCUGGUUGAGUCAAUCAAUAAAGCCAUGGUAAAGGAUCACCAGGAGCUGAAUGUUGGCGUUUUGGACAUUUAUGGAUUUGAGAUUUUCCAAAAAAACGGAUUUGAGCAGUUCUGCAUCAACUUUGUGAAUGAAAAACUGCAGCAAAUUUUCAUUGAGCUCACUCUCAAGGCUGAACAGGAGGAAUAUGUACAAGAGGGCAUAAAGUGGACUCCCAUUGAGUACUUCAAUAACAAGAUUGUCUGCGACCUCAUCGAGAGUAAAAAUCCCCCCGGCAUCAUGAGCAUCCUGGACGACGUGUGCGCCACAAUGCACGCGGUCGGCGAGGGAGCGGACCAGACUAUGCUUCAGAAGCUCCGCAUGCAGAUCAACACACACGAGCACUUCAACAGCUGGAACCAAGGCUUCAUCAUCCACCAUUAUGCUGGCAAGGUGUCCUAUGAUGCUGAAGGAUUUUGCGAAAGGAACCGAGAUGUCCUUUUCAAUGACCUCAUUGAGUUGAUGCAGAGCAGUCAGAUAGCUUUCUUCAGAGCUCUCUUCCCCGAGAACCUCAAUGCGGAGAAGAAGGGUCGGCCCACUACUGCUGGCAGUAAAAUAAAGAAACAAGCCAAUGACCUGGUGAGCACCUUGAUGAAAUGUACUCCCCAUUACAUCCGCUGUAUCAAACCAAACGAGACAAAGAAACCCCGAGACUGGGAAGAAGGCCGUGUGAAGCACCAGGUGGAAUAUCUAGGCCUGAAGGAGAAUAUUAGGGUGAGGCGUGCUGGUUACGCCUACCGCCGCGUCUUCAGGAAGUUUCUCAACAGGUAUGCCAUCCUGACCAAAGAGUCGUGGCCCUCGUGGCAAGGCGAUGAGAAACAAGGCGUCCUUCACCUCAUGCGCUCGGUCAACAUGGACCAGGAUCAGUUCCAGCUGGGCCGUACCAAAGUCUUCGUCAAAGCCCCCGAGUCGCUCUUUCUUCUCGAGGAAACCAGGGAGCGCAAGUUUGACGGUUACGCUAGAACUAUCCAAAAAGCCUGGAGGAAAUUCGUGGCUCGCAAGAAGUACGUCCAGAUGCGCGAGGAAGCGUCCGACCUGCUGCUAAAUCACAAGGAGAGGAGGCGACACAGCCUGAAUAGAAACUUUGUGGGCGACUACCUGGGCAUGGAUGACCGACCCGAGCUUCGCCAGUUUCUGGCCAAGAGGGAGAAGAUCGACUUUGCUGAUAAAGUCACGAAAUAUGAUCGUCGCUUCAAGUCCAUCAAGAGGGACUUGAUCCUGACUCCGAGGUCGGUGUACCUGAUAGGAAGGGAAAAGGUGAAACAGGGACCCGAGAAGGGACAGGUGACUGAGAUUCUCAAGCGCAACAUCCUCGUGGAGAGGAUCUUGGGAGUGUCUCUGAGCACCCUGCAAGACGAUUUCAUGAUCCUACACGAACAGGAGUACGACAGCCUGCUGGAGUGCGUCUUCAAGACAGAGUUCAUCAGCUUACUGGCCCGCAGGUUCGAGGAGAAAACCCAGAGGCCUCUGCCGCUCAAGUUCAGUAACACACUGACGUUGAAGCUGAAAAAGGAGAAUUGGGGGGGCAUUUUGAGCGGAGGAGCCGGUACCCGACAGGUGACCUUCGUUCAGGGUCAAGGCGACGUGGCUGUGCUCAAGCCUUCCAGCAAAAAUCUGCAAGUCAGCAUCGGGCCAGGACUUCCUAGGAACACACGUCCUACCAGACCUAGCAACACACAAAGACGCUCCAGGACUCACCAAAACACGCCUGCACGGCACGCUCCGGGACCUCCAGUCGCUCACCAGAACGGCGGGCUGAAGAACACCAAUCACACGGCCAACGUGAGGAACUCGCUCUAUCGGGAGCACCAGGGUGACGCGGUGCGCCCUCACCUCCCCAGUAAUAACCUUAAUCAGCCCCGGGAAAGGGGCAGCGUAAGACCGCAACAGGGACCCAACCUGGACUUUCUCAAGGUUCCUGAUCAAGGAGCUGCUGGUCGUGGAGUCAACGGAGAAGCUUCAAAUGGAAGAAUAGCUCACCGAGCAUCAACCACCAGGCCUCCGCCGGGGGGUGGACGACCCAAGCCGGCGCCCAAGCCUAAACCUCAGGUUCCCCAGUGCAAAGCCCUGUACGCCUACGACGCCCAGGACACCGACGAACUCAGCUUCAACGCUGACGACAUCAUCGACAUAAUCAAAGAGGACGCUUCUGGUUGGUGGUCAGGACGUCUGCGAGGGAAGCAGGGACUUUUCCCCAACAACUACGUGGCCAAGAUCUAG